AUGUCGACAACCGAGACUGCUUCGCCUAUUGGCAUUGCCAAUCUCCCCAACCAGCGACACAAGAUUGUUGCGAAGCGGGGUGCGGCCUUCACCAUUAUGGUCGCUGGAGAGUCGGGAUUGGGAAAGACGACCUUCAUCAACACUCUGUUCUCCACCACCAUUAAGAACUAUGCGGACCACAAGCGCCGCCACCAGAAGCAGGUGGACCGCACCGUUGAAAUCGAAAUCACCAAGGCUGAGCUGGAGGAGAAGUUCUUCAAAGUUCGCUUGACCGUCAUCGACACUCCCGGCUUCGGCGACUAUGUCAACAACCGCGACUCUUGGCAGCCAAUUAUCGAGUUCCUGGAUGACCAGCACGAGUCUUACAUGCUCCAGGAGCAACAGCCCCGCCGAACUGAGAAGAUCGACAUGCGUGUGCACGCCUGCCUGUACUUCAUCCGCCCUACCGGUCACACCCUCAAGCCUCUCGAUAUCGAAGUCAUGAAGCGUCUGAGCUCUCGCGUUAACCUGAUCCCCGUUGUUGCCAAGGCCGACACUCUCAGCCAGGCUGAUCUGAUCCGCUACAAGAACCGAAUCCGCGCCGUUAUCGAGGCUCAGGGCAUUAAGAUCUACACCCCACCCGUUGAGGAGGACGAUGAGCACGCUGCCACCCACGCCCGCAGCCUGAUGGCUGCUAUGCCUUUUGCCGUCAUCGGUUCCGAGAAGGAUGUCAAGGCCAACGACGGCCGUGUUGUUAAGGGUCGUCAGUACUCUUGGGGUGUUGCCGAAGUGGAGAACGAGGACCACUGUGACUUCAAGAAGCUCCGCUCUAUCUUGAUCCGUACCCACAUGCUCGACCUGAUUCACACCACUGAGGAGUCUCACUACGAGGCCUAUCGUGCCCAGCAAAUGGAGACCCGCAAGUUCGGCGAGGCCAGACCACGCAAGUUGGACAACCCCAAGUUCAAGGAAGAGGAAGAGAAUCUGCGCAAGCGGUUCACCGAGCAAGUCAAGGUCGAGGAGCAGCGUUUCCGCCAGUGGGAGCAAAAGCUCAUCUCCGAGCGCGAUCGACUCAACAAGGACCUCGAAGCCACCCACGCUGCAAUCAAAGCACUCGAGCAGGAGAUCGAGAGUCUGCAGGGAGGCAGCACCCGCAGCCACGGUCGUCGUUAA